AUGAGUAGGGUUUGGUGGGUGUUGAUAUCAGUGUUGGCGUUGAUGUUGCAAUGGCACGGAGCGUGGAGUUCCUACGCCGGGUCCGCGAGUGCCAUUAUCGACCCUUCCAAGGUCAAACAAAUUUCGUGGAAACCGAGGGCUUUCGUCUACGAAGGUUUCAUGACGGAAUUGGAAUGUGACCACUUGAUUUCCAUCGCCAAAUCGGAGCUGAAGAGAUCCGUGGUGGCCGAUAAUUUGUCCGGUGAGAGCAAGUUGAGUGACGUCAGAACCAGCUCCGGCAUGUUCAUUUCCAAGAAUAAGGAUCCCAUAGUUGCUGGUAUUGAGGAUAGGAUUGCGUCAUGGACCUUUCUUCCAAAAGAAAAUGGAGAAGACAUGCAAGUAUUAAGAUAUGAGCACGGGCAGAAAUACGACCCUCAUUAUGACUACUUUUCUGAUAAAGUUAAUAUUGCUCGGGGUGGACACAGAGUUGCUACAGUUCUCAUGUAUCUCUCUGAUGUAACCAAAGGCGGUGAAACAGUGUUCCCUAAUGCAGAGGAAUUUCCACAUCACCAAGGUUCUGAAACAAAGGAUGAUCUAUCCGAGUGUGCCCAAAAGGGAAUAGCAGUGAAACCGCGAAGAGGGGAUGCACUUCUUUUCUUUAGUCUCUUCCCAAAUGCUAUCCCAGACACUCGCAGUCUGCAUGCAGGAUGCCCUGUGGUUGAAGGUGAGAAAUGGUCGGCAACAAAAUGGAUUCAUGUUGACUCAUUUGACAAGAAGGUUGGGUGCAGUGAUCAGAAUGAAAACUGUGAGAAAUGGGCUACUCUCGGAGAAUGCACUAGUAAUCCCGAAUAUAUGGUUGGAUCUCCAGGUCUUCCUGGCUACUGCACGAAAAGUUGCAAUGCAUGUUAA